GAUUUAUUCGACGAGAUUUAAUCGAUAUCGAAAAAUAAUCUUCUGCUUCGUAUGUCCAUGAAUAUAGGAAUACGUUGGAGGACGUGAAUAAAAAGAAGGAGGAACAAUUGUAGAGAAGUAAAAGGAACAGAGAGAGAAAGAGAGAGAAAGAGAGAGAGAGAGAGAGAGAGAGAAGGAGCAAAUAAAAAGAAGAGAGAUGAAGAAGCAUGAAAGAGUGAAAGGACGAAAGAGAAAGAACUGGAGAGAGGGAAAUAUAGGGGAAAGACCCAUAGAAUUGCGUCAUCGUAUGCAUGCGCAUAUUUCUCUCUCUCUCUCUCUCUCUUUCUAGUCAUGUUUAAAAAUAGAUUCUCGAAUAUAUAUAUAUAUAUGUAUGUAUUAUUAAGGGCUUACAACGCGUGAUUAGGUAGCUUGGCAUCGAUUAGUCUAUAUGUAAAUAAUAAAACAUAAAAACAAAUUUUCUUUCAACGUAUGACCGAGCAGAAGUUAGCCGAUUGUAAAAAAAAGCUAUACGUUCAUACAUAUAGAUAUAGCUCAAUAUACAUUUCAAGCGAUGUAAACGAAUCCGAAAGGAGAGAAUAAAAUAAAAAACAAAGAAUCAACGAGAACGAAUAUGCUUCUAAUUGUAAGUAAAUACGAUUCGCGAACAUGUUUCCGAAUAUAUCGCGAGUGGUAGAGGCUGGUAAAAGUGAUUCAUGCUGGUACGCCUUGCUGCAGCCGUACUAAGUCAUUGGUGCUUCCUGUAAUCGUACCUACCGACGACCUCGAAGUUCGCACUUGCGUGUCUGCAUUUACAGUGGCACUAGCCAUCUUAGGAAGGCUGCGAUUCGAUUUAUUGAAAUAAGGAGAAAAGAAAGAAAAAGGAAGAAACGUACGGGACAUUCGAUUUUAAUUUCGUUCGGUUUCGUUCGCGUUUUUUGAGAAAAUAUAAAUAUAAUCGAAAGUAUCCUAUAUUUCUAAUCGAGAUUAUUCCCUCGAGUUAACUGCGUUAUAAUUAAUAAGCGUAUUAUACAUGUUCCAGUCAUUUAAUUCUAAUGAUUUAAAUUUCUAAAUAGAAAAUGAUUCGAAUGAAAAUUCAUAAAGUUCGAAAACUGUUGAUGGAAUUCGGUCAAAACGAAACGGUGAAUGAAGUUUUGAAUAUAAAAUUUGAUAUGAAAUUACGUAUAAUACGAUCGCAUAUAUUAGAGACGAUCUUACGAAUGCAUGUACGAAUUUACGUGUGUUCGUGUAUAUUUAGGCAUAGAUAUACAUAAAAUAACACUCUCGACGCUCGUAGGAUACCAUAUCGGGUACCUUGUUGACCUCGCUUCUUUUCUCUGUCUUUCGUUCUUGUUCUCGUUCUUGUUCUCUUUCGCGUAUGAAUACGCAAACCUAAGUAAGUAUAUGUAUAUGUCCACCGACAAUCUGCUCGCCUCUCUUCCCACGUCUCUCUCAAUACCGACAAAAGAAGUUUCGACCAUCGUCAAUGUCGUUCCUCGUCGCCGAAAAGAGAAUUCGAUACGAAGUACGGACACGUCAUGUUUGCGAUUCGAAUCGAAACGACAAAAAGAUCAUAAUUCGUGGAUCGAUGAAUGCAUCAAUAUUUCGGCGAAAAAGAAGGCGUAUAUCGACAGAGGCCAUCUCGAAAUCUCCAUGUAUAGACUCUUGUACGUUAGAGAUAUCCUGAAUCUUUUUGAUUCAUAUGACCUCGUAACAACUACCUACGGAAAACGAUCAACGAAAUCAUCUAUGAUUGAUUGUUUUUUCUACGAGGAUGAGACGAAUGUUAAAAAUAUUACUCGCGAAUCGAUACUAUUUAUCGAUUAUCGAUAAUUUGUCGAAUCGAUACAUGUAUUUUUAUUAUUACAUUCUAAUAUCGAUAAUAAUAAUAAAAACCUUUUAAUUAACGCGAUUUUUAAUCGUCAAAGAUAAAGAUGCUCCACUAUUAUUCGAUUGUUACAUCGCAUUAUUAUAAUUUCGAAUAAAGUCUUUCACACUGA